UAAGACGGUCAUACGGCCCAUACUCAUGUACGGAUGCGAGACUUGGACACUAACACUUAAAGAAGAAAAUAAACUCCUGGUGACAGAAAGGAGAAUACUUCGAAAGAUCCUGGGCCCUGUGAGAAGAGAGGAUGGCAGCCUUAGACUCCGCAAAAACGUCGAGAUUGAAGAUCUUGUGGCUACACCCAAUAUUGUCGGCGAAACAAAAGCUCACCGUCUCCGCUGGCUUGGCCACGUUUUGAGAAUGGAGGAGGAUCGCGGCGCUAAAAGGGCAUACCUGGGACGCCCGGUAGGGCGGAGGCCUAUCGGACGUCCCAGAUAUCGCUGGGGCGAUGCUGUUGAAGCGGACUUGCGCGAUCUCCAGGCCGAUAACUGGCGGGAGAUGGCGCAGGAUCGAGACAACUGGCGUGUACUCGUGUCGGAGGCCAAGACUCAUUUUGGGUCGCUGCGCCAUUAAAUAGUAGUAGUAGUUU